AUGGCAUUCGUCACCAAGAAAGAUUCUGGCGUGAAGACCGUCGUGAAGGGCUUCCUCACUGGAGGCACGCAGGCGGCCAUCACCUACCCGACGGAGUACGUGAAAACGCAACUCCAACUGCAGUCGAAGGCGAACCCGGAGUACUCCGGCAUCAUCGACUGUGCCAAGAAGACCAUCGAUCAGCAUGGAGUGAAGGGCUUGUAUCGAGGAGCCGGCGUGCGCAUCAUCGGUGCAGGAUUUCAGCAAAUGUGCAGGUGGGGCGCCUACACUAAUCUGACGCAGAUCUUCCGCGACGAGAAGACAGGCAAGCUGAGCCAAUCCAUGAACGUGAUUUGCGGCCUCGGCGCCGGCAUUUGCGAAGCGGUCUUCGCUGUCACCCCGGUGGAGACUGUCAAGACCCGGGUCACCGACGACCAGAGAAGGGGUACCGGCAACUACAAGGGCUCCGCAGAUGCCAUCGUGAAGAUUUUGCGCUCCGAGGGGCCCGUGGGCUUGUACCGAGGUGCUUUCCCCACCAUCCUGAAGCAGGGCACCAACCAAGCAGUGCGCAUGCCGCUGCAGGUGGCCAUCUUCGGUGUCAUCUCCUUUGGUGACGAGUCGCAAAAGCAGAAUCCUCUUCUGCCGCUUGACUGCCAAGGGUCUAGGGCAAUGGCCAACUCGUAG